UUUUUUUUAAACUUAAUAUGGACAAAAAAGAAGAGCUCGACAGACAACGUUCCCUAUUUUUAUCAUUAUUAGAAGCAUUAUCUAAACAUUUGGACGAAGGUUCUUCAGACAAAGAAGCGGAUACGAAAAUUGACAAGGGGAUGAUGAUGGUUCAAGAAGGGGAGAAGAAGAAUGACGAAGGGAAGAAAAAGAAUGAAGAAGGGAAGGAUAUGAUAGCUAAGGGCUUGAAGUUAGUUGAAGAAGGGAAUAAACUUGUUGAAGAAGGGAACAAAUUAGUUGAAGAAGGGAACAAAUUAGUUGAAUCUGGAAAUAAGUCAGUCGACGAAGGGAAUCAAAUGAAGCAAUCAAUUAAAAAAAACAACAUAACGAAAGGAAUGCUUGAUGAAAUUCGUGCUUGUGCAUACGAGUUGUUCGGCGUCAAAGAUUCUCGUCAGUUGUCAAUUUUUGGAAAUGUUCAACCAACACAGGACCAAGGGAAGGAAGAUAAGCGUGUUGUUGUUUGGGAAUUGGAGAAUUUGAUGAGUUCUGAUGAUGCUGCUUCGUAUAAAGAAUGUAUGAAGAUGGUCAAAAAUCGAGGACAUUUAAAUCUUAUUGUCUCCAACAAGUCAAUUACUGAGAUUACUGAGGAUUUGAUUGUAAAUGAUAUGAGUGAAUAUGUUCAGCCGGAGAAUGGUAUUCAUAAUUGUUUUUUACUUCUAAAUUUUUUUCAGUCUUUGGUUUUAUCAAAAAUUUUCAUGUUGAAUUUGCUAAAAUAUUGA